AUGGGGGGAUACUGGUGUCCACACCAGUCCGUGUGGCUUCUCCCUGCCAUGGCCCCCUUGGCUCAGACCCUGGCACUGCUGGCAUUGGCCAUGGCCACCACGGCUGUCAAUGUGUACCCUCUGGACAUGGCCCCAGACUCCUUUGAUGACCAGUACCAGGGCUGUGGCCCUGCCAUGAAGGCAGCACUGCCAGCCCUCAAUGGCUCCGAGUUUGAGCAGAACAAGGAGUUUGCUGAGGUCUGGGUAAAGGCUGCAGCCAAGUGGCAGACUGGGCCCCCUGAGUCCCCUCUAUCCCAAGAGCAGGCCACCGCCAUCAUGGCCUUCACAAUGGAUGGCCUGACCAGCAUGUUCAAUGAUGCCGUGCGCACGGCUGGGCGCUCCCGCCAGGAAUACCGGGACAACUUCCACUUCAAAACGCUGCAUUUCCUGCUGACCAAUGCCCUGGCCAUGCUGAGGGACACUCAGAAAGGGCAGUGUCGGGACGCAUUCCUGAAGGUGUGUGACGUCCAGUUCGAGGCACAGCGUGGUGACACCGUCUGGUCCGGUCUAUUCGUGCCAAUGUUCCUGAGCAAACCAGUUGGCGAGUGUCCUGAUGAGACAAUGCUAGAGGUGCACACAUGCCAUGGCAUUGAAAUCCAGUUUUUCACCGAACACCCCAAAGAGAAGGUGGUGCUGAUCCCAUCCUUUGAGACCUUCAAGGUCACCGAAGUGACCCGAAAUGGGGACAAGACACAGAUCCAGCUCCAGUCCACCGGGACCUACAGCAAAUACAACUCCGAGUGGCUGCGAGUGUCACACACUCCUCCCAAAAAUCUCCCUGCCAUGUCUCUCCUGGCUCGCCCCCUGGCACUGCUGGCAAUGACUGUGACCACUGCAGCCAUCAAGGUGGUGGCCCUAGACAUGGCCCAGGACUCCUCUGAUGACCAGUACUAG